GCUGCUAGCCAGUCAUCAGUCAUCAGCACCAUCUCCCAUCACCUCCGUCGCCGUUGCGAAACUCCUUGAAUCCUCAUCCUCACCGAGGAAUAUUUCCUCAAUAUUCGCCGGCAUCAAUUACUGAAAAGGGGUUUUGUAGUUCCCUCACCCCGGAAGUAAUCUCCAGCUGAAAGAAGCUUUUUGCCCUCUCAAAUUGGAACACGGCACCAAAACAGCAAGCCAACUGCCAACAACUCCACAUUAUCGUUCCCCAGGGAAUGGAAUUUCCGUCCAGAAAACCCUAAUACUCUGCUCUCCUUCUCCACUCUGAAUCGCUCGAGAAGUGCAGCAGCAUGAUAAAUUACCACCGCGAUGAUCAUGCAGCAGCAGCAGCAGCAGCAGCAGCCGAAUUCCUCUUCCGCUAUUAGAUCCUCCACGCCAACCCCUUCCCAAUCUUCUCUCACCGUCGCCCCUCUAUCUGCCUCUCGCAUUGGCCAACAGCCUCCACAGUCCUCCCUCGAUCAUGCAAUCUCGCCGCCCGCGACGGCGGCGCACCAGUCAUGCGAGACGGCUCUGAUGUUGGCUAGGGUCAGGCUGUCGGAUAUAGCGCCCUAUGAUGGGGCUCCUUGUGGGCCAUACGUGAAGGCUGUGGAGGCGUUGUCGGGUUCUUUGAUGAGGCAUAACGCUGCUGUUAUCGAGUUGGGGAGUGAGAACGCUGCCCUGAUGAAAUGCGGGCUGGAAGCAUCCCGCUUGUAUUUUAGGUGCCAUGUCAAAGGAAGCAGCGGUCGUGGAGUUCACAUGUACAGAGCCAAUAAGUUGUCUUGUUGCAGGUCUCAUGAUGAUUGGGAUUCAGCUCCACCUUGCAUGGCAGAAAUAUUUAGGUGUAUGGGAAGGGUAGCUAGGGCUGCUUUAUGUGUUAUAGCAAGGCAUCUUCGGUUGAGAAGCGAUGCCUUCAACCAUUUACUGGACGACACCCCUUUGCCCGUGAAUGAGGUUUCCUCAUCUGUGUUGGUUGCCUCUUAUUCUCACGCAUCCUUGCUAGAUGGCAAAGUGGCUAGUGGGGGAGCAAAAGCAUCAAUCAACAAUGAAGUUGAAAAGGGCUUGUUGACAUUGAUUUCUUCUGACAGUCCAGGCCUUCAGGUUUGUGACCCUAAUGGCCGCUGGUACCUAGCUGAUCGUGGUUUUGCUCCAGGUGAUCUUUUGCUGAUUACUGGCAAGGCACUUAGCCAUGCCACAGCUGGCCUUCGCCCUGCUGCUUCAUAUAGAACUACUUCCGAUCACUCCUCUGGCAUGAACGGCAGUGGAAGGACAGCAUUGUUAUUUAGGCUUAUGCCUCAAGGCAAUGCGAUAUUAGAUUGUUCUCCUAUCGCAGCAGCAGGCCAUGUCAUUCCUCAGAGCUAUGUGCCUAUAUCUGUUAGCCAAUUUAUGGAUGACCUUUCUGCUGAGGAGGUUGUUAUCUGUGAUCGACCUGAGAAUGCAAAUGAAGUUCUAAAUAGUUUUAACAAGGACCCAUCAUUAAGAAGUGUUCUCUCAGAUCCGCUAUCUGGUGCCUUCCUUGAAGAUGCGAUGUAUGCCUCUUGUGGACAUUCGUUUGGCGGUCUUAUGCUUAGUAGAGUCCUCGAAUUGUCAAGAUGUAUACUGUGCAAUGUACAAAUUGAGGCUGGGUCUUUGAUUCCUAAUCUGGCUCUUAGAGCUGCAGCUUCAGCUGUCAAGCUUGAGGAUGACCGGAGGCUAUUCCACAAUGCAGCUCUCAGAAAGCGUCGCAAGGACAUGGGUGACCAAACAGAUCCUAUUAGAAGACAAAACAUGGUAUUAUGCUAAAUAGCCAUUUGUCGUAAACUUUGACUUCGACACUGUGCUCCAUCAGGGAGUCCUUGUGUUAACACAUGCGAAAGCUCUGAUGAGAUGCAUAAAAAAAGUGAAAAAAGAAGUCUGAUGAGUGCCCCCUCGGUGGUUGCUUUACCUUGUACUAGUUGCCAAGUUUUGAAGGAACCCAAAAGAAAUGUUUCUUAAUAUUUAAUCAAGGUCACUGAAGAGUUCUGACUAAAAAAUGAUUCUACCUACCAAUAGCAAAAUGCACAUUUGUAAUGUUUGGUAAAAGUCAAGAUUCUAUUUGCUCCUUGUUGUUGUUGUCAAGGAUUGCCAUCUCCUAAGCUAUAUGUAUUUGGAGGUACUGGAAGUGGUGAUCAGGAGCAGGGGCUCCCUCGGUUGAAAAAGCAUUUUGAACAUUCUGCUGAACGUGACUCUUUUCUUGCCAUGGCAACAUGAUAAUUUCUGGGAGCAGAUAGCCAAUAAAUCCAAUGCUAAUUUUGUUGUUACACUUUACUGGUUACCAUGGAAAAAAGUUGAUAAAUUCUUAGUCUGGAUGUUUGGUCAUCCUUUCUUUCUCAACAUGAAGUCCACAUUCUAUUUCUUUUGUGACACAACUACUUACUCUUGGUGUCCUCUCCAGGAAAAUGGAGAUGUUGCUGCCGAAUACGGUUGUUUGCAUCGGAGGGUGCAGUACCCUUUUGCAGUAAAUGAAAAAGUAGUGAUUAAGGGAAACCGCAGAACACCAGAGAAGUUUGUAGGCAAGGAAGCAAUCAUCACGUCACAGUGUCUCAAUGGCUGGUACUUGCUUAAGAUCAUUGACAGCGGAGAAAAUGUCAGACUGCAAUAUCGCUCUCUCCGCAAAACUUCAAGCUACGAGGCAACCCUGGAGAGAUGUGCUUCACAGCCCAUCCUAGAUAAGAGCUGAUAGGCGGUCCAUGAAUCCCUUGUAUGUAUCAGCCAUUGCCAGUCAACGUAGCUUCGGCCACCAAUACCCAAUUUUCGAUGCCACAAGUGCUAUAUGAGUACAGCUUCUUGCAAGUUAUUUGUAUAUGAAGCAAUGAAGGUUAUUGUAGUCUGUGGACUGGCAAAAGAGGCAGAUCCAAAGGUAGCAUGGUGAUGUGCACCCUGUACAACACUCUUGAGAUAAAAGCAUAAUUUGACAAAUUAUGUGCCUGUUUUCCUACUCACCAGUACGUUUGUUAUCCCUAAAGGACAACUCCCUUUAGACCUUCGCCACAUCCACUGAUAUUAAAAUUAUCAACUUUGUGAUCAUAUAUGGAGGAUACAAUGUGCCUCCAAACACUAUCCAUCAUCUCACACAAUUCCCAAUCUGAAAGAGAUUCGGAGGUGACAAAAUCACGAAUCAAGCCAUUCACUUCUAUCCAGCUAACUCCAGGGAUUUUAUCAAUCCCUUUCAUUUUCAUAGACUUCCGGACGCUGGCGGCUUUAUCCCACUUCCGGUGUUCCAAGUGUACAUUUGCCAGGAGAGAGUACCAUCCGCUAUGGUCUGGUUGAAGAUUCACCAGCUGGUUACCAAUGUAUUCCCCUAGCUCCAAGUUCUUGUGAAUCACACACGCCCCGAGGAGAGCUCCCCAAAUACUUGGAGAUGGCUCCAUUGGCAUCUCCUCGAUCAACUUCACUGCCUCUUCCAAGUACCCAGCCCGGCCUAGCAAGUCAACCAUGCAGCCAUAGUGAUCCACGUCAGGAUCCAGAUGGUAUUUAUCCCUCAUUUCGUCGAACAAUUUACGUCCUUCUUCUACGAGUCCCCCGUGAGAACAGGCACUAAGGGCACCAAGGAAAGUGACUUUGUUUGGCUGAACCCCACUGCACAUCAUCCGGGAGAAGAAACUCAACGACCCUAGUGCAUCCCCAUUCAUUGCCAAACCAUUGAUCAUGGCAGUCCAAGUAUAGAGACCUUUGCUCGGCAACUUAUCAAAAACAAAACAAGCCUCAUUGAUGCAGCCGCACUUCACAUACAUGUCGAUCAAGGCCGUCCCUAGGAUCGAGUUCAAUUCUAUCAAGUUUCUAUCGAUAUAAGCAUGCACCCAUUUUCCUUGGUCCAAAGCGCCUAGUUGAGCACAAGCAGUGAGCACACUAGUUAGAGUUUUUGAGUUGGGUCUAAGGUUAUCUGUUAGCAUGUCUUGAAAGAUCAGUAACGCUUCCUUGCAUCUACCGAGUUGAACAUAACCAGCAACUAAGCAGCUCCACGAGACCACAUUUCGCGUUGGCAUUUCAUCAAAUACUUGACGGGCAUCGUCACUAUGCCCACAUUUCAUGUACAUAUCUACGAGAGCACUCCCAACGAAGACAUCCCAUCUGACUCUGCCUGAUUCUACAUAGAAACCAUGAAGCCAUUUCCCAAUCCAAGCAUAACACAGUGAUCCAGCUGCAGAAAGAGCACUUACCACUGUUACUUCAUCGGCUUUUACUCCCAUUGAUCUCAUCAGCAGGAAACACUCGAGUCCUUCCCCAGGACUUCCGUUUCUCACAUACCCAUCAAUCAUCGAAGUCCAAGCAAUGACGUCCCUCUGAGGAUUCUCAUCGAACACCUGCCGGGCAAGCCUCGGGGACCCAGAGUUUGCGAGAGCAGAAAUCAAAGAGUUCCUGACGAAACUGUCGAGAUCAAGACCAUGCUUGAUAAUGUCGGCGAAAAACAGCAAGGGGUCCUGGUCUCUGAGCUUGGAAAACGACUUGAGGAGCAAAGGGAAGGUGUGCAUGUCUGGGUGGAGACAGUUGCGGCGCAUUCUGGAGUAAAGAAGAAGAGCUGCGGAAGGUUGGGAACUCUUGGAGAAGUCUCUGAUGAAAAGGUUCCAUAGUUUAAUGGUAGGUGGGUGGACGGAGAAGUGGAGGACGAUGGAUUGGUAGUUCCGGAUACGAUGAUGGUCGGGGUGGCGGCGGAUAAACAGAGACGAACAGAGCUCGGUUAGGAGGAAAGCAUUGUGGUGCGAUUGGCCGGAAGUGAUGACGGAACAGUGAAUCUGCUCGAAUUGACGAAUGCUGCAGGAAUGCCACAGAAAGAGCAAUUUCGCUACAACUGAACGGCGACAUUCAUAGAAAACUGGUAACACAGCCAUGGCGGCCCUUCUCGGCGCCUCCAAAACAGUCUUUGGGGAGAAAGCGCACACUGCGCGGGAGCAGCGCUGAGGCGGACUAAGAC